UGCUGGGUCGCACCUGACUUUUAUCACCCUUCAAAUAUCAUCACUCCGGCAAUUUUGUUCCUCUUCUUUCUCUGUUGUUCUCUUUUUCUUCAUCUUCUUGUUUAGGGCACGCAAGAUCUUUGUUUCUCAACCAGACAUCUCGCCGAUCUGCUAUUCAGGCUGUUAUCGUUAGCAAUAAAGCUUUCAAAUAGCUUCUCUAUCUUCUGGCUCCCCAAAAGCUGGAACAACAGCUGUUUUGACGAAGGAAUGAAAUUUGCAUAGUUCUUUUUACACCCACCGCAUGCCAUGUCGGGUUUACUUAAUUCAUCUCUUAAUGGAUCAGCUUCGAAUGUUCCAGAUGGAGCUGGGCGAUCUUUUGCUACCUCAUUUUCUGGUCAAUCUGGCGCAGCCUCCCCUGUUUUUCAUCACUCUGGAACUAUGCAAGGGUUGCAUAACAUUCAUGGAAGCUUCAAUAUUCAGAACAUGUCAGGUGCACUAGCUUUGAGAAAUUCAACGAUUAAUAAUGUUCCAUCUGGUGGGGUGCAGCAACCUACUGGAACACUUUCCAGUGGGCGUUAUGCUGCAUCAAACAACCUUCCUGUUGCUCUCUCACAGUUGUCUCAUGGCGGCUCUCAUGGGCAUUUAGGAGUUGCAAAUAGAGGAGGUAUAAGUGUUGUAGGAAAUCCUGGAUUUAGUAGCAGCACAAAUGCAGUUGGUGGUUCUAUCCCUGGGAUUCUGUCUAGUUCUGCUGGUAUUGGUAAUCGAAAUACUGUUCCAGGGUUGGGUGUAUCUCCAAUUUUGGGAAAUUCAGGUCCUCGGAUCACAAGUUCAAUGGGAAAUAUGGUAAGUGGAGGCAACAUAGGAAGGAGUAUAACUUCUGGUGGGGGAUUGUCAUUACCUGGUCUUUCUUCUCGUCUAAACCUUGGUGCUAAUAGUGGAUCUGGAAGUUUAUCUGUGCAAGGACAAAACCGUUUAAUGAGUGGUGUGCUUCCACAAGGAUCUCAACAGGUCAUUUCUAUGUUGGGUAAUUCUUAUCCUAGCGCCGGAGGUCCCCUUUCCCAAAAUCAUAUGCAGAGCGUGAAUAGUCUCAGUUCUCUGGGGAUGUUGAAUGAUGUGAAUGCUAAUGACAAUUCUCCUUUUGAUAUCAACGAUUUCCCUCAGUUGACUAGUCGUCCAAGUUCUGCAGGAGGGCCUCAAGGGCAAUUAAGCUCGCUGAGAAAACAAGGCCUUAGUCCUAUUGUCCAACAAAACCAGGAGUUCAGCAUUCAGAAUGAAGAUUUUCCAGCGUUACCUAGAUUUAAAGGUGGGAAUGCUGAUUAUGGCAUGGAUAUGCAUCAGACAGAACAACAUGAAAAUUCUGUGCCUAUGAUGCAGUCGCAGCAGUUCUCUAUUGGAAGGUCUGCUGGAUUUAGCUUAGGGAGUACAUAUACACAUCGACCCCAGCAGCAGCAACAGCAUUCUUCAGCAGUUAGUAACAGCACGGUCUCCUUUUCACCUGCAAAUAAUCAAGAUCUCCUUCAUUUGCACGGAUCAGAUAUAUUUCCGUCAUCACAUACUACAUCCUACCACCAGCAGUCUAGUGGCCCUCCUGGUAUUGGUUUAAGACCUAUGAGCUCUCCUAAUUCAGCUUCUGGAAUGGGUUAUGACCAACUUAUCCAGCAAUAUCAACAGCACCACGGUCAAUCUCAAUUCCGAUUCAAAAGUAUGUCUGGUGUUAAUCAGUCAUUUAGGGAUCAGGGCCUUAAAUCUAUGCAGACAGCUCAAUCUUCUCCCGAUCCAUUUGGUUUACUUGGUUUGUUAAGUGUAAUAAGGCUGAGUGAUCCUGAUCUAGCAUCCCUCGCACUGGGGAUUGAUUUGACCACGUUAGGUUUAAAUUUGAAUUCAGCAGAGAAUCUUCAUAAGACAUUUGGCUCCCCAUGGUCUGAUGAGCCUGCUAAGGGUGAUCCAGAUUUCAAUGUACCGCAGUGCUAUCUUAUUAAACCACCGCCUACACUACAUGUGAGGUUCUUCACCUUUCAUAUAUCCCCCUUCUAGUCUUUGUGA